AGUCGCUUUGACGCGGCGACGAGCGGUAGUCGUUUCGCGCGGAAAGUCGUGACGCAGUUCAAAUACCUUUUCCGAGUGGCGGAAAAGUUAAAAAAAUAUUUCUUGACAUUGACGUUGACAGAAUGGGCAACACAAGCAAAAAGCUUGCUGCGAAAUGCACACUCCUUACGAAAGACGAACAGAAGUACCUAGCGACCACCUUCAGGUCAGCCAGCAAGAACUCGGACAAAAUACGAGAGGAGGAUCUCAUCGUGAGUGGAAAAGUAGACGCAGUGUUACUAGAAAGAUUCUGGGGUCCCCAAAUAGAUCCCCGCCUGGCGCAGUACCUUUCGAACUUCCUGUUCGGCUCGGGGGCAGAGAAGGCGCCCUCCUGCGACUUCAACCGAUUCGCAGAGUUGUACGUUUAUAAUGUAAGAGGUACAACAGACGAGAGGAUGAUGGUGACAUAUAACAGUCUCGGCAAGGACUACAACGACUCCGUGGAGCUCCCUUACCAGUUACUAAGAGAGUACUGCGAAAGCAUAGCUUCGACAUUCAUCAAAGUACUGAAGUCGUCUUCGUCGAAGCGUGCUCAAGUGUGGAUUACGAAGGGUUUCCGCGGGCGCGCGUCGCACGUGCAGGCGCUCGGCGAGGCGGUCGCUGCUAGUGUUAACGGUGACGCCGAUGUGGCUAUCAACCAGUGCACUGCCACACAACUGUCUAAAUGGCUCCAGUUCAACACGCUCCUGCUGCAGAUGACGGAGGUGGUGUUCGUGAACCUGUACGGUAUCGAGAGCAAGCCGGACGAGGGCCCGGCGCCCGUCGCCAUGCCGUCGCUGCUGCCGAUGCCUGACGGUCUGGACGCGAUGCCGGACUACCCGGCCUUCAUCGACCUGUCGCACAUCGUGUGGCUCAACUCUCACCUGCCGCAGCAGCACCAGCACAAGUGGCGCUUCCUCUUCUCCUCGCACAUCCACGGCGAGUCCUUCUCCACUAUGGUCGGCCGUAUCCUAGACCAGGGCGCCUCUCUGAUCAUCAUCGAGGACAACUCGGGCUACAUCUUCGGGGGCUACGCGCCCGCCUCCUGGUCCCUGGGCCCCAACUUCACGGGCACCGACGACUCGUUCCUGUUCACAGUAGCCCCCAAGAUGCGCGUCUACCCGGCAACGACCUACAACAAUCAUUAUCAGUAUAUCAAUCACCACGCUAAGACGUUGCCGAAUGGAUUGCUAAUGGGCGGUCAGUUCAACUUCGGCGGUAUAUUCGUGAACGCGGACCCGUUCGGCGAGGGCACGUGCGCGGAGUCCUGUACCACGUACAAGGGCUACAAGAGGCUCAGCAAGGAGCCCACAUACAGGAUCCGGAGCCUCGAGGUCUGGGGCGUCGGGGACAAGCCACUUAUACACAAGGAUUCGGACGAGCGUGAUCUGAGCGUCCUGGACACGAACCCCGAAGCCAAAGCCAUCCUGGACAUGGCCGGGCGCACGCGACACAGCGAGGGCAUCCGCGAACCGCCGCCGUUAUAAUGCUAACACCCUGUAUAUAAAUACUUUAAUUUAUUACAUUAUGUACAGGGUGUUAUCGAAAUGCGUGGAGUUUUGGUAAGUUAUUUAAUGUUUUGGUCUGGUUUUAAAUAUUUUUUCUGCUCUGAGAAACAACUAUUAUUUGCUUUACACCUAUACUCUCAAUUAUGUGGGUCAACUUUACUGCAGCGCUUGCGGCUGAGCUUUUAGAUCCAAACUCGGCCUAGCCAGUCACAUCAGGGCUCACGCUAGGAAGUGCCAAGGUAGGUCGCCGUUAUCGAAAACGAUAACGAGGACUAUAAUUGAAUAACUUAAGAAGAAAAAUCUUAAUAAAUAUGGUUACCGCUGGAGCUAAAGGGCUUUCAGAAAUAUACUAUGACUUAUUAAAUGAAAUUGUUCACUUUCAUACGCAGAAACUAUAUUUAGAAUCACUAUGCAUUUCCUUCACACCCUGUAUGUAGUCUACUUUAACCUAUAUUUACAAAUUAUGUAUUCGUAAACACUACGAACAAAAACAACCUGUAUUUAUUAAGUAAUGAAUACACUCUGUAUAUCUAAUACUAGCUUUUAUUAUACUUUUACUGUAUUUUACAAAUUAAUUGUAUUAUUAUACUAAAUAAUAAAUAUAUCCUGUAUGUUUCACAGGUACUGUACAAAAUAAACCUUAAGUCUAUGACGGACGGUUGAUAAUCGAA